UCGUUUACAUACUCAUAUGGCAAAGCAAAUAUUUAACCGACAGAAUCAUCAAGACCACCAGAGAUAUUUAGACAUGUUAAAAUCAGAGUUUCAAAAAAGAUACGCAGAACCUCCUAUUUCAGAUAAGAGUGCAGAUAACUACGAUACCGUAAAAGCGAUAGGAAAUGGUGCUUAUGGAGAAGUAUUUUUAGUAAGAGAUAAAAGUACUUUCACGUAUCACGCUAUGAAAGUGGUAGACAAAACAGUCGUCAUGGAGAGGAAACAUGUUAAUAAUCUUAUCUUAGAAAAGAAAAUACUCCAGUGUGUCCAGUUUCCAUUUCUCGUAUCCUUAGAUGAUGCUUUUAAAGAUAAUGUUUAUGUUUACUUUAUACUACCAUACAUGGCUGGAGGAGAAUUGUUUACGUACAUACAAAAGUACGGAGGCUUGGCAGACGAUGUAUCAAAAUUUUACGCCAGUCAAGUUAUAUUAGCCAUAGAGUAUUUACACUAUUGUGAAAUCGUACACAGAGAUAUAAAGCCGGAAAACAUUUUAAUAGAUACAAACGGAUAUAUUAAAUUGUGUGAUUUUGGAUUCUGUAAAAUUCUAUCGAAGAAAACGUGGACGCUGUGUGGUACGCCUGAAUAUUUAGCACCGGAAGUGAUUUUGUCUAAAGGCUAUUCGUUUUCUGUGGACUGGUGGGCAAUUGGGGUAUUAAUCUUUGAGAUGGUGGCAGGUUUUCCACCAUUUUUCGUAUCGGAUCCUACUAAGCUGUAUGAAAAGAUUUUAGAAGGUCAUUAUAAAUGCCCUGAUGGCUUAGUUCUUGAAUGCAAAAAUAUAAUUAAAGGCUUAUUACAAGUAGACACAACAAAGCGGCUAGGUUGUUUAAAGAACGGCGUAUUUGAGAUUAAAGGCCAUCCCUGGUUCAGUGAUAUUAGUUGGCAAUCCAUACUGCAGCAGAGAGCUCAACCGCCAUUUGUACCUAUAUGCCCAACACCUGGUGACACGAGUAAUUUUCCAGAUAUAGAACAAAUAAAGUUAAGAAAGAGUUCCAAAUGUUAUUUUGAGAACGAAUUUGAAGAUUUCUGAAGGGAGCAAUUCCGGUAAUUAUGUAGG